AUGUCAGAAGAAGAACAUCAAACAGAGGUGGAUAUACCUGAUAUUAUAGAUGACACUGAACAAUAUCAAGAAAAUGAUUACCGUUCAACCGAAAUCACCGACUCUGAAUUAAGCAUAAUAAAAGAUUCUGAAGAAGCGAAUUCUGAAGAACAAUGUACUACUUCUGAAAAGAAGACACAAAACGCUAAUAAAGUGGAAGUAAUACGGUCUACUAGACUUCCGAUUGCACGAAUAAAAAAUAUAAUGAAAAUGGAUCCAGACGUUACUGUUGUAAACGCUGAAGCAGUUUUUUUGGUCACAAAGGCGACGGAAAUGUUCUUAGAAACUAUAGCAAAAGAAACAUAUGCAUAUACAGCUCAACACAAAAGAAAAACCAUUGCUAAAAAAGAUUUAGAUGUGGUGAUCAACAAAGUUGAUUGUUUGUGCUUUUUGGAGGGUGCUAUGGAUUUU